UCCGGCUGCCAUACUGUCAUUGGGCAGGGCAAGGCAAGACAGGGCAGGACACAGUCAUUUCAAGUUAGUAAAGGAACUACAGGUUUUCCUUUACGGAAUAAAUAACUAAUUUCUUGUCAAGCUUUUUAUUCACCAUGGGUUCAGGGGAAAGUACGACCAGAAAAGUAUCUUUUGGUGUGGACGACGAGGAGAGAGUAAGGAUUCUUCGUGGAGUCAAGCUUUCAGAAGAUGUCCUCCAGCGGAUGAGGGGAGUGGCCAACAUGCCUCCGCCACGUGUGCCACCAUCCACAAGUUCCCAAAAAGACACAGGUACCUCUUUCAGUGCCGGCUCCAGCACCCGAUCCCAACAGAACUCACAGCAGCAGACCCAGUCCAAAACUAGCAAAACUGCAAAAGUCAAAGAAGCGCAGAGGAAGUCUGAGCUCCAACAGAGUAUACUGAGGGAGAUGGAGACAGGGAAGGAGGAGGUGAUUAAAGCAAUGAGCAGGGAGAGAAAACAAACACGCCAGGAAGCUGAGAAGGCCAAACAGUUGGUUCAGGAACUACAGAAGAAGGAGUUACAGCUGAAAGCACUGGAUGCAUUCUACAAGGAGCAGGUGGCGCUACUGGAGAAGAAGAACAUGGAAAUUUAUGAACAGAGUAAGCAGCAGUUCCACCACGCUGCCUCCAAGACAGAAUCACAUGUGAGGUCUCGCAGCACUGACCCCGUGUGUUCUGGCCUGCAAGCUCAGAUCCUGGCGUGUUACAAAGAGAAUGGCCAACAGACUUUAAGGUGCUCAGAACUGGCCAAAGAAUACAUGCGGUGCAUCAAUGCUGCAAAGAGGAACAACCAGGUCAACCAUGGAUGAAGAAGAAGAAGAAUGAUUUUCUAUCAUGAACCUUUGUUGAAUUAUGGGACAGUUAAAUUGCUGUUAGCAUGGCUUGUUUUAAAAUUAUAUCUAUUUUUUUGCUAUUUAUGUCAAGAGUCUUUAUUGUUGGUUCACCAUAUUAUUUGCAGUAUUAUCUUUUGAAAUCAUGUUUUAAUUCUGCACUGGUACAUUUCACACAGUACAAAGAAAGAUUGUCAAAUAGUGUGGCCGACACUUUCUAUUCCAUCCUUCCAAUAAAUGAUGUUCAACUAUUUAUAUUGUACAUAUGCAUCCAAGGCUUAUUAAUGCACCGAAUGUCGAGUGUCAAGAUAAAAAAAAAAAGAAGAUGGGGGCUUUUUGCUUUCAGGAUUUAUGUUUUUAUAUUUCACACAGCAGUUUUAGAUCAUCGUGGCUGUGACUUUAAUACAUUGGACAUGUACUGUGUUUUUUUUAUUUGUAUUAAAAAUAAUUAUGUUUG